CAAAAUAAAACUGAAGCAGCCCAUUAAGGUUUUUCUUUUCGUCAAAUACCUUCAAAGCAAAUUUUGAGCUUUUUUUUUGCUUCCCUCUUUCGUCACCACGCUCUGUUUUGGUGUUCCCUUCAAAGCUAUGGAGAAACAAAACGGCAAUGGAAUUGAACCGAAGAAGGUGAAGAAGAUACUGAAGACGAGUUCACUACAAAUAAACCAAGAAGAUGCAUUUAAGUUGGUUGGUUCAAUAGUUGAAAAGGGUAUCGAUGAUGAUAGCUCACAAAACAACACAACUCCUUUCUACUCUUUUCCUAAACCCACUGUUGUUCCUUUCCCUGUUGCUCGGCAUCGUUCUCAUGGUCCUCAUUGGCGUCCACUGAAUAAGAAAGGGAGUUAUGAUCAUGACAAUGAUGAUAGUGACAAUGAUGUUGAGGAUGAAGAAGACACAGCUUUUAUGGAGUUUGAGAAAGUUGCUGCCUUUGCUAAUCCGGUACAAAGGAAGAAGACAAAGGGUUUAGAUUUUGAAAAAUGGAAAGAGAUUACUCAAGAUGAUAAAUCUUCCUCAGGGAGGUAUUUAGAAAAGGAUGUAUCAAACUCUAGCCAAACUUCAGGGAAAAAGAAGAAAGAAAAAGGUGGUAAGAAUGACAAGAAAAUCUCAUCUUAUUCAGACGAUAGUCUCUUUGCUUCUACAGCAGUGGAUGAUGCUAAACCACAAUUUGAUACUUCAAAUAAGGUGGAGUAUCAGAAAAAAAUUGAAUAUGGCUUAGCUUAUGGUGACAAGAAAGAAAAAGAAUUUGCAGCUGAACGGGAUCGAGUUUGCUCCGAUAGAAUGCCUGACCACAGUUUUGCAUCUGUAGAUGGGCUACGGCCUGAGCAAAAUCACUUCAUAAGUGAACAAGAACCCACGUCUAUUGAGAGUGAAAUUGAUUAUGAGAAUCGUGCUCGGAUCCAGCAAAUGUCAGCUGAGGAGAUAGCAGAAGCCAAGGCUGAGAUAUUGGAAAAGAUGAGUCCUGCAUUACUGAAAUUACUGCAGAAAAGGGGGAAGGAGAAGUUGAAGAAACCCAGUAGUAUUAAAUCAGAAGUGGGUACUGUUAGUGAACCUGUGAAUCGACAUGCUCAGAGUACUCAAGAAGCUAAACAUCCGCAGACAGAGGAUGACCUGCCAUCCAAAAAACAGCUGGACGAUAAGAAUACUAGCAGGAAGACUUCAACCACCACAAGUAGUAGCUCGUGGAAUGCUUGGAGCAAUAGAGUUGAGGCCAUUAGAGAGUUACGAUUUUCAUUGGCUGGGGAUGUUGUUGAUACUGAACAGAAGCCUGCGUAUGAUGAUGUCAGUCAACGCGACUAUCUGCGGACUGAGGGAGAUCCUGGUGCAGCUGGUUAUACAAUUAAAGACGCAGUGGCACUUACUAGAAGUGUGGUUCCUGGACAAAGAGCCCUUUCAUUGCAUCUCCUUUCAUCUGUUCUUGACAAGGCACUAUACUAUAUUUGCAAAGACAGAACUGCAAAUAUGAUAAAAGAUGGGAACGAAGUCGACAUGUCAGUUGACUGGGAGGCUGUAUGGACUUUUGCACUUGGUCCUGAACCAGAGCUUGCGUUGUCACUAAGGAUAUGUCUUGAUGAUAACCACAAUUCUGUGGUUUUGGCCUGUGCAAAGGCUAUUCAAUCUGCAUUGAGUAGUGAUGUGAAUGAGAACUACUUUGAUAUCUCAGAGAAGAUGGCAACUUGUGACAAGGAUAUUUGCACAGCUCCGAUUUUUAGGAGCAGACCAGAUAUUGCUCUUGGAUUCCUUCAGGGGGGAUACUGGAAGUACAGUGCAAAACCUUCUAAUAUUCUACCUUUUAGCGAGGAUUCUAUGGAUAAUGAGAGCGAGGAGAAACAUACAAUUCAAGAUGAUGUAUUUGUUGCUGGACAAGAUUUUACUGCAGGUCUUGUUCGCAUGGGGAUCCUUCCCAGACUUCGCUAUCUUUUGGAGACAGAUCCUACAGCAGCUUUGGAAGAGUAUAUUGUUUCUAUACUGAUUGCUAUAGUAAGGCAUUCACCUUCAUGUGCUAAUGCAGUGCUGAAGUGCGAGAGACUUAUUCAGACAAUUGUGCAACGAUUUACAGUUGGCAGUUUUGAAAUUCGAUCUUCCAUGAUAAAAUCUGUAAAACUCUUGAAGGUCUUAGCUCGAUUGGACAGGAAAACUUGUCUAGAGUUUAUAAAGAAUGGGUACUUUCGUGUCAUGACUUUGAAUUUAUAUCAACUUCCUUUGACCAUUGACAACUGGUUAAAGUUAGGGAAGGAAAAAAUUAAACUCAGGUCUGCUCUGACUAUUGAACAAUUGCGUUUCUGGAGGGUCUGCAUUCGAUAUGGAUAUUGUGUGUCUUACUUCUCCGAGUUUUUCCCUGCCUUGUGUUUUUGGUUGGAUGUUCCUUCGUUUGAAAAACUUAUCGAAAGUGAUGUUCUGUAUGAAUCUAGUUGCAUCUCUCGGGAGGCAUAUCUUGUUCUGGAGUCUUUGGCCGGAAGACUUCCAAAUUUAUUUUCGCAACAGUGUCUAACAAAUCAACUUCCCGAGUCCUCUGAUGAUGCAGAGUUCUGGUCUUGGAGUUAUGUUGGUCCGAUGGUUGACUUAUGCAUAACGUGGAUUGCAGCAAGAAGUGAUCCAGAAGUAUCAAAAUUGUUUGGUGGGCAGGAAGAAGGGAGAAGCGACUUUGCUUUAGGAGGAGAACUUUCUGCGACUCCUUUGUUGUGGGUGUAUGCGGCUGUGACUCACAUGCUUUCCAGAGUUCUUGAAAGGGUGACAUUGGGGGAAGCUAUCAGCCUACAGGAAGCUAAUGGGCAUGUGCCAUGGCUUCCACAAUUUGUUCCAAAGAUUGGACUCGAGUUGAUCAAAUAUUGGCUUUUGGGCUUUUCAGUUUCCUCUGGUGAUGAAUCUUUUUUGAAGGAACUAAUUCAUUUGAAACAGAAGUGUGAUAUUGAAAUGUCUUUGGCUUCCACCUGUUGUCUAAAUGGAACAAUCAAUAUUAUUACUAAAAUUGAUAAUCUGAUACGGUCUGCCAAGACCGGCAUUUGUAGUCCCUCAGACGAAGAACAAAGUCUAUCAAAAGAAGGAAAGGUGCUUGAGGAAGGCAUAGUUAAUAGUUGUUUCGUUGAAUUAAGGUCUAUGCUUGAUGUUUUCAUGUCUUCAGCUUCUUCAGGGUGGCAGCACAUGGAGUCCAUUGAAAAGUUUGGCAGAGGAGGACCGGCUCCAGGUGUUGGAGUUGGCUGGGGUGCCCCUGGUGGAGGAUUUUGGUCGAAAACAGUUUUAUCGGUUCAAACAGAUGCAAGAUUUCUUAUCUAUUUACUGGAAAUUUUUGAAAAUGCUUCUAAAGAACCCAAAACAGAAGAAACAACCUUCACCUUGCAACGGAUUAGCACUGCCUUGGGAUUAUGUUUAACUGCAGGACCUGCGGAUACAGUUGUUAUAGAGAAGACAUAUGAUCUCUUGCUCCAUGUCUCUGUUUUAAAAAACCUUGACCUUUGUAUACAAAAUUUUCUCCUUAACAGAAGGGGUAAAGCCUUUAGGUGGCAAUAUGAAGAAGACGACUAUGUGCACAUCAGUAUGAUUUUAUCAUCUCAUUUCAGGAGCAGAUGGUUGUCUGUAAGAGUGAAGUCUAAAGCCGUGGAUGGCAAUAGUUCUUCUGGCACUAAGGCCACUCCAAAAACUGAUGUGCGUUUGGAUACGAUAUAUGAGGACUCAGACAUGUCUUCCACGACAAGUCCAUGCUGUAACUCUUUAACAAUAGAAUGGGCUCGACAGAAUCUACCACUUCCAGUCCACUUUUACCUUAGUCCAAUAGCAAUGAUUCCCUAUACCAAGCGAGCCGGUCCUCUAAAAGUUGGCAGUGUACAUGAUCCCACUGAUUUGCUUGAAGUUGCCAAAUGUGGACUUUUCUUUGUUUUAGGCAUUGAAACAAUGUCCAAUUUUCAAGCAACCGACAUUCCUUCUCCUGUUCAGCAUGUAUCAUUGACAUGGAAGUUACAUUCAUUAUCUGUCAAUUUCCUUGUGGGAAUGGAAAUACUUGAACAGGAUCAGGGAAGGGAUACUUUUGAAGCUUUACAGGAUCUUUAUGGUGAGCUUAUUGAUAAGGAAAGGUCUAACCGAAAUAAAGAAGUUAUUUCUGAUGAUAAAAAAAAUAUUGAGUUCCUUAAAUUCAAAUCAGAGAUUCACGAGAGUUACUCGAUAUUUAUUGAAGACCUUGUCGAGCAGUUUUCUGCCAUAUCUUAUGGUGAUUUGAUUUUUGGCCGGCAAGUUUCGCUAUAUUUACACCGGGGAGUUGAAACUUCUAUUCGACUUGCAACUUGGAAUGCACUGUCUAAUGCUCGUGUUCUUGAGCUCUUGCCACCUUUAGAGAAAUGCUUUUCUAGUGCUGAAGGAUACCUUGAACCUGCAGAGGAUAAUGAAGAGAUUUUGGAGGCUUACGCCAAGUCAUGGGUUUCCGAUGCCCUUGACAGGGCUGCGAUUCGAGGAUCAGUUGCAUAUACUAUGGUUAUCCAUCACCUUUCUUCAUUCAUAUUUCAUGCCUGUCCUGUGGAUAAGUUAUUGCUGCGCAACCGGCUUGUUAGGUCUCUCUUGAGAGAUUAUUCUGGGAAACAGCAACAUGAGGGAAUGUUAAUGAGCCUCAUUUGCCAUAACAAGCGAUCAGACAUGGAUGAGCAGCUGGAUAGUCUACUGCGUGAAAAGAACUGGUUGGAGUCAAGGAUGAAAGUAUUGACUGAGGCAUGUGAGGGAAAUUCCUCUCUUCUGACACAAGUAAAGAAGUUGAAGGAUGCUGCUGAGAAAAGUUCCUUGUGAGGUGUACAAUCAUGUAAAUAUUGGAGAUACAAAAAGAGCAACAAAGGCUGUUAGAUUAUGUAAAUGGAAACUCCAAUGUACUGAUUGGAGUGUAGUUACAUUUGUUUUCCUUGAUGGAAUGGUUUCGUUAUCAAGAUUUUGUGCCGGAAUGCUGAUGCAUUUUAGGAUAUUUAAAUAUAAAUUAGGAUUAUUAUUUUUUCUUA